GCGCACAAACCCAUUCGGUCGAGUCUCGAGUCCGCCGCACCAUCCGCAACACUAUAUAAGGAUCCUUCUCUCGGCUCGCCCGCAAAAAAAAAAAUAACCCUAGAACACUCCCCUCCUCCGCCGCCGCGCAGCUGCUUCACCGCCGCGCACCACCAUGGGAAUCGACCUCGUCGCCGGCGGCCGGAACAAGAAGACCAAGCGCACCGCGCCAAAGUCGGACGAUGUCUACCUCAAGCUUCUGGUGAAGCUCUACCGCUUCCUGGUCCGGAGGACCAAGAACCACUUCAAUGCGGUGAUCCUGAAGCGGCUCUUCAUGAGCAAGACCAACCGCCCGCCUCUCUCUCUCCGCCGCCUCGUCAAGUUCAUGGAAGGCAAGGAGAACCAGAUCGCUGUAAUCGUGGGCACCAUAACCGACGACAAGAAAGUUUAUGAGGUGCCGGCGAUGAAGGUAGCCGCGCUCAGGUUCACUGAGACGGCGAGGGCCCGCAUUGUGAAUGCUGGAGGAGAGUGCCUCACCUUUGACCAGCUGGCACUCCAUGCGCCUCUUGGUCAGAACACGGUUCUCCUGAGGGGUCCUAAGAACGCCCGUGAGGCUGUGAGGCACUUCGGCAAGGCUCCUGGCGUGCCGCACAGCCACACCAAGCCUUACGUCCGCUCCAAGGGAAGGAAGUUUGAGAAGGCGAGAGGGAGGAGGAACAGCAGAGGCUUCAAGGUCUAGGUCGUUAUAUCCUAUCACCAUGUAUUACACCACAGCUCUUGUUUGAGUUUGGGAGUUCUCGAAGUGUCAGGAUCGGAUAAAUUUUGUCGGGAUGUUAUGAGCUUUGUAUCAGAAAUUCACAUGUAUUUGAUCAAUGCACUGGCUAUCUCUGCUUCUACCUGGAUUUCCGACAGUCAA